GGAACGCUCGAUGGUUUAUAUCUGUGUGAAAAACGCUAUAAGGAACGCUCCGAUUCCUGCAUGCGAGUCCACGAUAUUCUGGGAGAAGAGCAAGAGCUCGCUAGACGCAUCAGCAAUAGGAAGGAACCAACUAAUUUGUUUAGCAUCUGAGGCGCUGCGGCAACCUCAAAGCCUGUGUUUAUCACCAAACUGUGGGUUACAGGCGAUAUUUGUUUUUCGUGUGCUAACAUCCAAUUGCAAUUCCAUAAAUCUUUCUGCUACGUUAGGCUACAAGGGCCAGACUCAUGGUGUUGAGGAUUGGACAAUUCCCUUUGUUUUGUGGCUUGACGCGGAACGAACCGCCGUUCCGUCGAGAAAGGAGAUCUUUGGAAAUUCGCUUAACUGUCGCGAGUAUUGGAAUGGUCGCAGUUUAAUACUAACACAUGCGGCUUCUGGCCUGUAUCCAUUACACCACAUGACGCGGUUAUAAACAGAAAAAAGUCACUUGCAACACAUGGGACGUCAAAAAAACUCGCGCGCGCGUUACUGACAAGACAGCCAUGUAUUCCAGAGGAUACGGAUAUUCAAGCCAGGGCUAUAACCAAUACACGACCGGUCCUUAUCAAGUAGGCGCACAGAGACAGCCACCUCACCAUUACAGACCGGCAUAUAUAUACAACUCACCGAGCCGAUAUGGUUUUAACGCAUUUCCCCAGUCUUCGUAUAACCACAUCUCUCCGCCUCAUCCGUAUAGCAGCCCGGAGCCGCGCGCACCACCGCACAAUAUUCUUGAAGUACCUACAAAACAAGAAUAUGUUCCUUCGGUGACACACCACCAGACGCCAAGAGCCUGUAUCCAGCUUCCUGCUAACGAGCCUGAAACAGAGACCCGCUCCCCCGACAUUGACAGCCAGCCUAUCGCAGAAAAGUUAGCUGAAAAUUAUGAAGAAGAUAUUGAAGAACUGGAUGACUGCAACAAGCAAAAAGGUAAAAAGCGCAAGGAGCGAACAGCAUUUACGACCCACCAACUCAGGGAGCUUGAAAACGAAUUCACGCGAAAUAACUACUUGACGAGACUGCGGCGGUACGAGAUUGCUGUGUCCCUGGAUCUGACCGAAAGACAAGUCAAAGUGUGGUUCCAGAACAGAAGAAUGAAGUGGAAGCGAGUCAAAGGAGAGAGAAAACCGGAAAAGAAAUCAGCGUUCUUAUUGCAGCUUGAGCAGGAAAAAGCAAAAUCAAAAGAGAACAUAGAGUUCAAUAGGGAAAAUAAUCGCACGGAGAAGUCCUGAAUGAAAUAAUGAAUGACUGAACGUUCAGUUUCAGGUCAAAGCUACGAAACUCGUGUUAUUUAUACGAUUAACCUACAGUAAAUUACAAACUUCAGAAAGACAGCUCUGGCUUUAGGCCUAUGGGAUUGCCAUUUGUUAAACACUUUUAUAGAGUCAAGUCAACUUUAACUCAGCAAGUGUUAACGUGAUAAGAGAGGGCGUGCACUAUCGAGGGGGGGGGGGGCAGGGGCGGGUGUAGGGCAUAUCACUGGUGUAUUGUGUCAAGAUCCCGUGAGAAUUCUCUUUUGGUUUGAGUUGGGAUGCUUGUUGUGUUUUUCAGAGUCGAAGGAUUGAUAUUUUUAUUGUUGUAAACAAGAAAAGCCUCACACAUGGUAUUUUUGGGGGAUAUUUUUUAUUUUCCUCGAGCUUCUAGUGCCAAAAUCUUGCCCCAUCCCUUGCUCUCGGGUUAUUUACUCUAGUACAAGCAUGUCUCGCUUUUUUUGUGGUUUCAUUUUGAUUGAGCGUAAUGACAAGAGAAUUGCCUGUCCAAAACAUUCUUGUUAGCCACAAAUUACAGAUCUUUACAGCCUAUGGUGGUUCUUAGUAUUUCAAAGAAACGCAUUGCCUUCAGUUGCGGUUACAGUACUGCAAAACUCUUUAGUGUUUGUGUAGUAGCUAUAGGUAGACGAUAGGGGCGAAUGUCACAAUACUUUUUCAAACUAGCAGUAACAGUAAUAGAGGUUUAAGUUCAGAUGUACUGGACAAUGAAUAGGACAAUAAAAGCUUGAACUAAUAAUACGGACCGUUAAAAAAAACGAUAACAGCAAGUUCAUGAUCGUAAUUUGGAUAAGAUAUGACCACAAACGAACAACAAACUUAUGCAAUAUAUAAUUUUGUAUAUAUAGUAAGUACUUUGAAUUUUGUAAUAUAAAGUGUAGUGUUUUAAUGAGAUUUUUAGAGAAUUAGAAAAAUAAAUGAAGAAGAAAAACAUUUACAGGCAUAUUUAAAAACUUGCUGUUGGAGAAUAUGUAGUAAGCAAUAAAACAUUUAUGUAAACAAAA